GCACUCGUCGCCUUUUCUACUAGCCUCUCCCUAUUACCCAACCGCCACCUAGUCCUCUUCCUCUCGCCGUUUGCCCCGCGACCCUCACGCGCGCGCUUUCCAGCACACAAACGCGGUUGUAUCUAUACAGGCAAUAGCCCAGACGCCGCAUAAAAUACCGCCAAGAUGAUGAAAAUAUGGUCUAUGAAGAAACAGCAGCAGCAGGAUGAGGCUGCACAAGCUGCCUCGAGUAAGAAGAAGAAGGUCACCCCAGCCCAGCUGCGAACACAGAAAGAUCUCGAGGAACUAUCUCUCGGCACAACGAUGAAGACGCACUUCCCCAACCCCGACGAUAUCCUCAACUUCGAGCUCACAAUCGAUCCUGACGAGGGAAUGUACAAAGGUGGACGCUUCAGGUUCGACUUCAAGAUCAAUCAGAACUUCCCCCACGACCCGCCAAAAGUCAAGUGCACACAGAAGAUCUACCACCCGAACAUCGAUCUGGAGGGAAACGUAUGCCUGAAUAUUCUGCGAGAGGACUGGAAACCAGUAUUGAACUUGAAUGCGGUCGUUGUUGGUCUGCAGGUAUGUUCUACGGAUUCUUGGACAUAUGGACGGUACGUUGACAGAUCACAGUUUCUCUUCCUCGAGCCGAACGCGUCCGACCCGCUGAACAAAGAGGCCGCCGAAGAUCUCAAGCAGAACCGCGAGGGCUUCAAGCGCAACGUGCGCGCAUCGCUCGGCGGCGGCACAGUCAAGGGACAGAACUUUGAUCGCGUGCUCAAAUGAGCUUUACGGCAUAGAAUCAGAACAACACAAACUUUCACGCAGCAGUCCUUCGAAAUGCCCCUCCACGGACGGAUGCGUCACAAUGACAUGAGACCGAGCCACGGACUCACUACAGGACAGGGUUGAUGCAUAGGAGAAGAUUGGAGGUGAACAUGUCAACACAUUAGCGACUGCAUGUAUAGUCUGGCGCAUCAUGUAGAGGGUGCAUGGGUAUCAUAUGGGCGCAAUAUAGUCUUCUAAGAUCUCAUACAAUAUGACUGCACAUUUGCACACAAAGA